CUUUGGUCUAAUCUUCAGGAAGAAAUGGGUAGAGGGGGUAGAAACCCCGCAUCCUUUUCAAACUAUAUGAUAAUUGGCUUGGGCCUCCUGCUGGUGCGAUUUGCUUCUUGGAGACAUGUAAAGGCGAGGCCUUUGCUCGGUCCUAAAGAGAAAUGUGGCAUUUGUGGACAGCCUAAUGUUGUGAUGGUGAUGUGUGAUUCUUUUGAUGGAAGGCUAACAUUUCACCCAGAAAAUGAAACAGUAGCUUUGCCUUUUAUAACCCUCAUGAGGAGGCAAGGCAGUCUCUUUCUUAAUGCCUACACCAAUUCUCCCAUAUGCUGUCCAUCCCGUGCAGCUAUGUGGAGUGGCCUUUUCACUCACUUAACCGAGUCCUGGAAUAACUUCAAGGGCUUAGAUCCAAAUUAUACAACAUGGAUGGACCUUAUGGAAAAUAAAGGCUACUAUAUUAAAAAAUAUGGAAAACUAGAUUAUACUUCUGGACAUCAUUCACUAAGUAACCGUGUGGAGGCUUGGACCAGAAAUGUUGAUUUUUUGCUUCAGCAAGAAGGCAGACCUGUGGCUAAACUCAUAGGUAACAAGACAUACAUAAGAGUCAUGCAAAAAGAUUGGAAGGUUACUGAUGAAGCAACAACUUGGAUAAAAAAUGAGGCAACUAAAUUAUCACAGUCCUUUGUUCUGUACUUGGGACUAAAUUUGCCUCACCCAUAUCCUUCACCAUCCUCAGGAGAAAAUUAUGGGGCAUCUACAUUUCUCACAUCUCCAUAUUGGCUACAAAGGGUAU